AUGCAUGUGUUUUUCGAUUGAUGGAGGAGGGACAUGUGAUCAUGAUCAUCGUGGUCCACGCGGAUGACAUUUUUGCUGUAGGGCAGAAGGAGAGGUGUGACAAGUUUGGCAGGGAUCUCAACGAGAAGGUCCCCGUGAAGAACCUUGGAGAGUUGAGGUGGUACUCCGCGUGCUUUUACCAGAGAGACGUAGAGAGAGGGCUGUUGAAGAUUUCGCAGCAGAGGUUUGCCGAAGAGCUGGCUGCAGAGUAUGGCGUUGAGUGGGGGCAGAGUGUGUCUCUGCCUGUUAGCGUAAAGCUCUCCGACUUUGACGUGUUUGUGGAUGCCGACUAUGCAAGCAAGGCGGCAGACCGGAGGUCGGUGUCUGGGGGACUAGUGAUGUGUGUGGGUGGUGUGUGUGACUCGGUUUUCGAGGACGCAGAAGUGCGUUACGCUUUCCACCACGGAAGCAGAGUGUGGCGUUUUAUCUUGCCAGAUGUGGGUAUGCCGUGCAUCUCGGUGUUCGAGGAUAAUCAAGGAGCGAUUCAGAUUGCGUACGACCCGAUCACGAACUCCAACUCGAAACACAUCGAUGCACGGCAUCACUUGAUCAGGGAGCUGUUAGAGAGGAAAGAGAAUUCAAUUACUCAUGUGCCGACGCAAUUUCAGCAUGCAUGUUUCUUGACGAAGGCUAUUUGCAAGGAGUCUUUUGCGUUGCACCGUGACUUUGUGAUGAACUUGCAGUGA